AUGCGCAGAGCCCAUCUGUAGAGUAUGGGGGUAUACGAACAGUGAGAAGUAGGUGUGUGUGACUUGUAGUGUUCCUUUGGAUCAUAAGAAGAACAUGGAUAGGAACGAAGCAUUCUACGAGCAGCUGCGGCUCCAGGAACUGUAUGGGAACCGUGACAAGGAGGACGGCCACGAUCCGUAUACCUUUAAAGACCCCAGUGAUGACACUGAGUAUGAAUGGGACCAUGACAAGAAAGCCUGGUUCCCUAAGAUAACUGAAGACUUCUUGGCUAUGUAUCAGGCAAACUAUGGGUUUACAGAUAAUAAAGAUGGUUCUACCUCUUCCGAACCUUCAAAAGCUGCUCCAGCUCCCAAGAAAGUGAAUGAUAAAAAGAAAGCAAAAGAAGAAGCUAAACCCCCACCAGAACCAGCAGAACCGAAAGGGAAGGGUGAAAAAAGAAAAGCAGACCCAGGCUGGUUCAAUGUGGAAGAUGGGAGAAACACAAACGUCUAUGUUACAGGGAUUCCUCUGGAUAUGACAUAUGAUGAAUUUAUUGAAAUCAUGUCAAAGUGCGGCAUCAUAAUGCGAGAUCUGCACACAGAUGAUUUUAAAAUAAAACUGUACAAAGACAAGGAUGGGAACCUGAAAGGUGAUGGCUUGUGUUGCUAUCUUAAGAGAGAAUCUGUUGAGCUGGCUCUAAGAAUUCUUGAUGAUUAUGAAAUCAGAGGAUACAGACUUCAUGUUGAAAGUGCAAAGUUCCAGCUCAAAGGGGAAUAUGAUGCAUCAAAAAAGAAGAAGAAAUCUAAGGACUACAAGAAGAAACUGUCACUGCAGCAAAAACAACUAGAUUGGAGGCCAGAAAAGAAAGCCAAUGAGAACAGAAAACGUCAUGAAAGGGUUAUAAUUAUUAGGAAUAUGUUUCAUCCUAAAGACUUUGAGGAGGACCCUCUGGUUCUGAAUGAAAUUCGAGAAGAUCUUCGAUCAGAAUGUGAAAAGUUUGGACAAGUGAAAAAAGUCCUUAUAUUUGAUAGGCAUCCUGAUGGAGUAGCAUCAGUCUCAUUUAAAGUAGCAGACGAAGGUGAUGCCUGCAUACUGGCAUUGAAUGGAAGAUGGUUUGGUGGUCGGCAGCUCCUUGUGGAAACGUGGGAUGGUGUAACCGAUUAUCAGAUUGAAGAGACAUCUCGAGAAAGAGAAGAGAGGCUGAAGGGUUGGGAGCAAUUCCUCACUUCUGAUGAGAAGAAAAACCUCAAGGAUGUUGGUGAUGCCAGCACAUUACCUGCUAGUAAUGGACAAUUGGAAAACAAGCAGGACAUUAGUUCGGAGCCUACACAAAGCACGGACAGCAGUGUCCCCCAACCAGAAAAUGCGGAGGCUGAACAGGCUGGCGACGACGCAGCAUCCACAGACAGCAGCAUUGGUGGCAGUGAUGAAGAAGAUGAGAAAGGACCUCUGUAGGGAAUCAUUUAUGCUUUUUAUCUCGCCCUGUAAAUCUGUCAGUCAUUUGCCGUGUGAAUUAUUCAUUAUACCUAAAAACAUAGACUUGUGAAUGAUUUUUAUUUCAACUAAUAUUUUUGUUCCAGAAAGGAAUGUGUCUGAGUUCUGCUGGAGGAGAU